AUGGCAACUCAAGAUACUUUCUCAGCACAACGAAGACAGUGUCGAGCCAAAUCUGAUCGCCAGGCUUGUCCAGUCGCAAGCUAUGUCAUGGACGCAUCGAAAAAGUGUCCGCUUCGUGGAGUUACCAACGGAGACCGCCAGUCUCUUCCAAGCGCCAACAUUGUGAAUGGAGCAUCACCAAUCCGAGAGAAUGUUCAUUUCAGUGCCAGUAUCGUCAUUGGUUGCAUCAUCUUUAUGCGAAUCUUCCUCAUCAGCCUACGCUGGUUCCCGCUUGAUAUCGACUUCGGACAAGACUUCAUCCUCCUUCGCUUGAAUCCUCGUUGGCUUGCUGGAAAUUUUUCGGUUCCGUUCGUGUUAUGGCUAGCUACCUUUUUGGCCCGUCGCGGAUCCGCCUCGCUUAUAGCUGGAGGUGCUCGCAUGUGGGUCCAGAGAAGUUCCGACACCGUUCUGGUUCACAUCGUGGGCUGCGUUUCUGCUUCGGCUUCUACCGUGCACGUCGUAAAGACUUAA